GAUUAAAAAAAUGUAAUUUUCCCACUCAAAGUUCAUUUAAAUUAAUUAGAUUUUGAAUUUUCGAUUCCAAUUUUCAACCAAACUGGGGUUAGUGGGAUAAAAAACUGCAGCUGUUUGCACAAGCAGCCGCCAUUUCAGUUUCUUCCAUUUCUUCUGCUGCGAAUUGAAUCCCUCUUCUCAUUGGAACCUCAAUUUCAGUUUGAUUUCUUGUUCAAAUCCGCUUUCACACCCGCGGGCCUCGUGUUCGCCUAGAAUCCUGCAAAACCGAACCCUCUCUCUGCUGAUCAAAUGGAGGCGCGCUCAUCCGAUCAUCACCCCUCGUCUGUUCAGAACGGCGCCGUUUUACCUGAGUUGCUUACAGAGUUUAUGGUGGAUAUGUCGUGUGAGGGUUGCGUUGAGUCUGUGAAGGGUAAAUUGCAGAAUGUUGAAGGAGUUAAGAGUGUCGAGGUUGAUCUGAGUAACCAAGUUGUUAGGGUUCUUGGGUCUUCACCUGUGAAGAUGCUGACGGAAGCAUUGGAGCAAACAGGUCGAAAGUCUCGACUGAUAGGACAAGGAGUUCCAGAAGAUUUCCUUAUAUCUGCUGCCGUAGCCGAAUUCAAAGGACCAGAUAUUUUUGGUGUCGUUCGCCUGGCCCAAGUGAGUAUGGAAUUGGCUCGGAUUGAAGCUAACUUUAGUGGACUAUCACCAGGAAAACAUGGUUGGUCCAUCAAUGAAUAUGGUGAUCUCACAAGAGGUGUAGCUAGCACUGGCAAACUGUACAGUCCAACAAAUGACACUGAAAAGGUACUCGGUGACCUGGGGACACUAGAUGUUGACGAGAAAGGUGAUGCAUUUUAUUCUGGCGUUAAGGAGAAGCUGAGAAUUGCAGAGCUCAUAGGGCGGGCCAUUGCGGUGUAUGAAACUGAAGAUAAAAGAGAUCCAGGACUUAAAGCAGCAGUGAUAGCUAGAAGUGCUGGGGUUGGUGAGAAUUACAAGAAACUUUGCACCUGCGAUGGGACAACUAUUUGGGAAGCAAGCAGUCAAAUUUGAGAGCUUCAUUAUAACCUCACCUGCUGUAUUUCUAAGUGUACAAGUUUUUAAACUAUGUACACUACACUUUAUUUUUAUCACAUUUUUAACUAUUUCUCUUAUAUUCUCUAAAA